AGGGCUCCCAAUAAGUGGGUAGCUGACCUGCUUACUCAUUUGCCACCUGACCCAAUCAUAAAAAUGUCUUUGGAGAAGAUGCAGAGGGCGUAUGAGGUCCUCUUGACAAAAACAACCACAAUGGCACCACCGACCAUAAACCAAGAGCAGACCACCUACAGCUCACAGCAGCAGAAACAGACCCCCGUCAACCCCAAGCAGCAGACCAGCCUCAGCCCACAGCAGCAGCAGCAGCAAGCCACCUUUGUCCCACAGCAGCAGGCCCCCCUCGUCCCACAGCAGCAGCAAGCCACCUUCGUCCCACAGCAGCCGGCCCUCCUCGUCCCACAGCAGCAGCAAGCCACCUUUGUCCCAGAGCAGCAGCAGCAAGCCACCUUCGUCCCACAGCAGGAGCAGGCCACCUCAAACCCACAGCAACAGCGAAAGUGGACCACCCUCGUCCCGCAGCAGCAGCAGCAGCAGUAA